AUAAUAAUAAUAAUAAUGUCACCAACAAAUCAACAAUCUCAAAUCACUCAAUCCAAUGACGAUAACAGCAGCAGCAGCAGCAGCAGCAAGCGGGUUCGAGCAUCCGAUUCAAUCUACCGCGGCGUGAGAAUGCGAGCUUGGGGCAAAUGGGUGUCCGAAAUCCGUGAGCCACGCAAGAAAUCCCGCAUUUGGCUCGGUACUUUCCCUACCCCUGAAAUGGCCGCUCGAGCCCACGACGUUGCCGCUUUGUCCAUUAAAGGUAACUCCGCCAUUCUUAACUUCCCUGAACUCGCUCACUCUCUUCCUCGUCCUGUCUCCCUCGCCCCUCGUGACAUUCAAGCCGCUGCUGCUAAAGCCGCUCACAUGGACUUCAACUUUCAUUACUCUUCUAAUCCCUCUUCUUCUUCUUCUUCUUCUUCCUUAUCUGUUUCCACUUCUUUAUCUCCUUCUUCGCCUUCCUCCUCCACCCAGCCUGACGACGACGACCACGAACUCACCGAGAUCGUUAAACUCCCUACUCUCGCUUCCUCCAACUAUGACGACCACGAAUUCGUUCUCAUGGACUCCACCGAGGGAUGGGUCUAUCCACCACCUUGGUUACGAACCAUUGAAGAUUAUUAUUACGGCUACCAUACCAACAAUAUUAACGAAGAAUUGGGAAUUGGUGAUCAUAAUCAUAGUAAUUUGUCGUGGGAUUAUUGAUUUUUUUUUCUUUUUUUCUUUUUUCUUUUUGUUCUUAUCUACACUGUAAAUGUAAAUCAAACAUGUUGGGUGGGAGGGAUUUGAGGUAAUUAAGCUUUUUGAUUCGUUUUUGUUUUCUGGGUUCGUUUGAUUUCCACAAAUUUGUUCUUGUAUGUGUUGGUAAUUGGGUUUUGGUUGGAGUGUACUGUUGUUGAAAUAUCUCGUGUGAAUCUCUUUUCAUUAAUGCACUUAACUCCUUUGUAGUCCUU